CUUUCGGGUGUGACUAGAGCACACAUAACUAGGAAGUUUACUUUUCAUGCUCUGAAGACAGAGAAGUACAGGAAUUACAGCAUGGGAAGAAAGUCACUGUGUCUUCUGAUUGCGGUGGUCUUUACAGCAUAUUAUAUUCGUAAGACUAUCCCAGAUAAUUUUGAGGAGCCAUGGAGACUAAUGUGGUACAACACAUAUCUGAAAAUGUUUGUAAAUUUGGGUACAUUUCUGGAAUUUCUGGGGCUUUAUAAUUUUUUGGAUUUACUGGCGGAAAUUAUAGCAUUAAAUGAAGUUCCUCCAACUUCAGAUGAAAAUAUCACAGUAGUUGAGACAAAAUUUGACCAUACUCCCGUCCGUGUAUAUGUGCCAAAGAAGAAGGCAGAGGCACUAAGGAGAGCUGUAGUUUUUAUACAUGGUGGUGGCUUCUGUUGUGGAAGUGCUGCUUUACAUAAUUAUGAUCUCCUCUCCAGAUGGACAGCAGAGAGACUUGAUGCUGUUGUUGUAUCAAGCAACUAUAGAUUAACACCGAAGUAUCAUUUCCCAACCCAGUUUGAAGAUGUGUAUAAUGCCUUAAGGUGGUUCUUAAGCAAAAACGUUCUUGAAAGCUAUGGCAUAGACCCUGAAAGAGUCUGUGUUUCUGGAGACAGCGCAGGUGGAAAUUUAGCUGCAGCAGUGACUCAGCAGCAAUUACAUGACCCAGAUGUGAAGAUCAAACUGAAGAUGCAGUCUUUAAUUUAUCCUGCACUUCAGGCUCUUGACUUAGAUUCUCCAUCAUACAGAGAAUAUUCACAUAUGCCAGCUCUGUCGAAAUCACGGUUGGUCCGGCUUAUGAGUGAAUAUAUUACAACAGACAGAUCACUUGAGAAAGCCAUGCUUUCCAACCAGUAUGUGCCCGAAGAAUCAAGUCAUCUCCUCAAGUUUGUUAACUGGAGUACCUUGCUCCCUGAGAGAUUUAGAAAAGGACAUGUUUAUAAAAACCCAAUUUAUGGUAGUUCUGAGUUAUUACAAAAAUAUCCUGGGUUCCUGGAUGUGAGGGCAGCUCCUCUGUUAGCAGAUGACAGCAGGUUGCGUGGUUUACCCCUGACCUAUGUCCUCACUUGUCAGUAUGAUGUCUUAAGGGAUGAUGGACUCAUGUAUGUCACCAGACUUCGGAACGCUGGAGUUCAAGUGACCCAUAACCAUGUGGAGGAUGGAUUCCAUGGAGCAUUUGCCCUUCUGAAAUUUAAAAUUGGUUAUAGACUGAUAGAUGAGUACAUUAAUUGGCUGAAAGAAAAUCUAUAGUGAAAUGUAUACUGAUAUAGUUUAAAAAUAUUGUCAAUCUCAAAGCUGCUGAAAACCCAUAUUAGAAAUUGAUCUUUCUUGGAAUGGUCAACUGAAGGUCCACAUACAGCAUGAUAAUUUUUCUUUCUCAAAAAGUUUUGUUUUGUUUCUUAUACUUGGGGUUUCAUGCAACAUUUCACAAUGUGAAUGUGCUAUUUCUGAAAAUUUUAAUAUUAUAUUGUUAAUCUUAUUUUUAAUAUAUUUUGCUGUUUACUCUUUUCUGUGGUCAAACUCUCUUCUACUCUUUGAAAUUACAGGAGGAAAAACAUGAGAAAGUAUUGUUGGUCUGA